GGAAAAAUAAAUCUACGCUGGGGUUGGAUUCGUAACAAGGCUCACCCUGCAGAGAGAGAGAGAGAGAGAGAGAGAGAGGAUGAGCAGGGGCAACAUAAACUCGGUGUUCUAUGCGGACGCUUACCAUCCGAUUCAAGCUGGAAGCAUCGACGGCACCGACACUCUCCCGCACGACAACGCCGUUUACAGAGCUCUCCUUUGUUCCUCCGCCGGCCUCUAUGACCCCUUCGGCGAUCCUAAGUUCAUUGGCGAUCCUUACCGCACUGUCUUCGUCGGACGCCUCUCUCGCCUGACAACCGAAGACACCCUUCGCAAGGCUAUGAAGAAGUAUGGUAGAGUGAAGAACUUGAGAUUAGUGAGAGACAUUGUGACUGGUGCAUCAUGUGGGUAUGCUUUUGUUGAAUUUGAAACUGAAAGAGAGAUGCGGCAUGCGUAUGAAGAUGCUCAUCAUUCCAUUAUUGAUGAUUGUGAAAUCAUAGUUGAUUACAACAGACAGCAGUUGAUGCCUGGGUGGAUUCCAAGAAGGUUAGGAGGCGGCCUUGGUGGUAAGAAGGAAUCAGGACAGCUUCGUUUUGGAGGACGAGAAAGGCCAUUUCGAGCUCCUCUGCGGCCAGUUCCAUAUGAUGAUAUGAAAAGACUUGGAAUCCCACCUCCUCCUGAAGGGAGAUACAUGCAACGCUUUCAGGUUCCUUCUCCCCCAAGAAGAAAAGAGAAUUACGAGGACAAGGAAGAACGCUCAUACAAGCGCCAUAAACAUUGUAUACACUCCCACCGACACGAGAGGAGAGGGAGGAGAUCAACUAGUCAGGAUCACUCUGAUGUUAGUGGUGGUAAUAGAUAAGCCGCUAUCAGUAAGUGGCUUACAGCUGCACUUGUGGAUGCAUCGGCUCCUGCAAUAGCAAGAUUGUCAAUUUCGAAAGGGUUUUGCACUGCCAAUUGUUCUUGCACAACCUCGUCACGGUUUCUAGAAAUGUUUAUUAUUGGUGUUGUGGGUAAUUCUGUUUGGAAAUUACUUGGGACAUAACUAGGAAGCCCCUCAAUCUUGCAUUUGGUAGAAUGAAAUUGGGAUCAUGAAUUUGGAUUUUUAUAGAUUUGAAUAAAAUUUGAUACAACUGUGUAUUGAUUU